AUGCCUGCAUUGGACUCUGAAACCAUAUCCGAGUCGGCCACUAUAGUUGACUUGACUGCAAGUGAUGAUGAAUACACUGGUGACUUUUUUGGUUCUUUCAGUUUAGAUAAUCAUGAUGUUGUUGCCGAGCCAGAGGCACCUGUGGAGGCUGACCUCACCCCUUUGGAGCCUGUCUCGUCAUCUCCACUGCAGGCCUCUGUAUCUUUUGUUAUUGAUCCCAGUCUUGAUAACCCCCCAACCUUGCAGGCCUCUGGGUCUUUUGUUCUCAAUACCAGCAUUGACAACCCAUGGGAAGGGAAUUGUCUUUUCAAUUUCUAG